AGAGUACAGCUGCACUCUUUUACUUCUAUUGAUUACAGCUGUAUUGAUGAAAAACAGCUGUAGAUUAUUAAUAUAAUACAACGACCUUUGGAUACCUUUUGUUACAUUAACAGCUGUCAUAAGCUCGGGAACAAUAUGAGAGCGGCUGAUAGAAGACAAAUUCCAACAUGGUUGACAAAAAUAUUGGCACGCGAUGUCUACUUCACAGAUGAGUUUGUUAAGUUCAUGGAAAAAUUUCUAUCUUUAAAACAGUGUCUGUUGUAUUAUUAUAUAUUGGAGAUAUCAUGUCAUGGUAUAUGUUGGCUAGGUAUUUCCUUUAUAUUAAUUCGAAUUCUCAACAACAAAAGCUUGUAUCAAAUGCAAGUCAAUCUUGUUAUAGGAUUGUUGUUCGACAUUGUCCUCGUUGCUGUGCUUAAGGCAAUUACAAGAAGAAGACGACCAAAUACUAAUGAUGAUCCAUUUUCUCUAGGCCCUGAUAAAUAUUCUUUUCCAUCUGGACAUGCUUCACGUGCUUUGUUUAUUUUAUACUUCUUUGAGUCAUGGAAUAUGUCUUCGUUAUACGCAUUACCUUUACUAACGUGGUCUUUUUCCGUAUGCUUAUCAAGAAUAAUGUUAAGAAGACAUCAUAUGCUUGAUGUAUUGGUUGGAGCGUGUCUUGGUGUAUUUGAAGGUGCAAUUAUGAGAUAUUUUUAUUUUGGGCAAGAAACAUGUGUUUACUUAAUCUCGUGGUUUUGCAACUGAAAGACACAACUAAUGAUGUGUGAUUAUGGUUAAUGAUGUGUAAUACAUGAUUAAUGAUCAUAAGUAUUAGUACAAAAUUGAUGUAUGAAUGUAUAAUGUGCAACUAGUGUAAAAAUGUGUAAUGUGUUUUAUGAUUUUUGUUAUUUUGUUUAUAUAUAUGAUUUUAUAGUUAGUGUUAUAUUUUGAACAUAUUUUUCAUGGCAUUUUCAGAGAAUUGAUUGCUUAACAUUCUUAUUAUCUUAUGUUAUUAAUUGUGAGUAUAUUUGUGAAUGUAUGUGAACUGAAAAAGCUCAAACAGUGAAGAAAAAUAGUAAAAAGAAACAGUAAAGAGAAAUAGAGAAAGUUUACAUAAAUAUAUA